GGGGGGAAGCAGCCUGAAUGAUCUCAUCCCUCCAGCAGCUGCAUAGCGCAGCCAGGCAAACCCGUAACUUUCUAUCAAACUUCCAAGUUGCCUUCGGGAGGACGACACCGGGGCAUUUUCGGUUUCAACCGGAGCGAAUACGUUUUCCCGCGAGGGCAAGGAAGGAAGAGCGCUGCGCAGUUUGAGUGUCGGGACUUCCAGGACCUUGUUACGAGUUGAAACAAAAGGAGGAAAAACCCGCUUCGUAUUGUGUGACAUCUAAAAGCUUGAAGCCGAGAGGAGGAAAGGAUAAUCUGGAAUAAGACAAAUGCCAAGCAGCAGUGUCGAGAAAGCAGUAUGCAGGCUUGAACUCUGAAGACCUGGGCUUGCCCCUUCCCAUUUUCUGCCUCCUCACUUGUUGAUCCAGACAAUCAACCUGCUCAUGAAGUCAGGGAGCAGCAUACCAUCCCAGAGGCAGCCAUGUCCCCCUGCUAAGUGCCUUUAAUCUUUUGCACUGGUGUCAUGACCAGCCUGAAGCGCCCACCCAUGGAGCGCACCGUUGGGGGUACCAUCCCCGCCACUGAUGAGUUUUACACCCGCCACCUCCGUAUUGUCAAUGGAGGGGCUGUGCCGACCCGCACAGACAAUGUCCAUGCCACUGUGAGCACAGGAGUGCCUAAAAUGGGUGUACGGGCUCGGGUGGCUGACUGGCCCCCAAGAAAAGACUUUGCAGGGGUUGUGUGGCACUCAGCAACAGAGCCUGAGAACUCUAGUGUGCCUCCUGCUGUAAAAAGUCACAUUAAGUUAGGCUCUGUAAUGAGCCCUCAGGACUCGUCAAUGCUGCGAAACAUUCACAAUACUCUGAAGAAUCGAACCCAGACCCAGGCCAACAAUUACAGCCCUGACACCCGUUACCUAGCCCCAGGAGACUACCGAGGCCCUGCACAUAGAAACCCACGACAGAGACGCAUCCGGCAGCGCAGCAACAGUGACAUGACUAUCAGUGAGAUGGAAGGCAGUGGAGACAGCGGAGAGGACUGGGGUCCGGCAUCGGGAGCCAAGUGGUCUCCUCUUCAUCGUGAAUACGGUAGCACCUCCUCAAUAGAUCAGCAUGGAGCGGCUGGGGAGAGCUUCUUUGAAAUGCUGAAGGACUAUCAAGGGGACAAAGUUGACCAGCGUAGCCCCGCUCCAGAGAAACUGGAGGACAUGCUGAAUGUUGGGUCCAAGCAGGCCAGCACUGAUGUUCAAGAGGAUGUCGUAGACGGCCAGCCUCCUAAAGCCAGAGAUAAACCCCCAAAGAGACGGACUAAAUCUGAGACAGGGGGUGAGUCUAUAUUCCGUAAACUUCGGAACGUGAGGGGUGAGUCGGAUUCCCCUAGAGCGGGGUCUGACGUAGAGGACAGCCGGACAGAGGACAAUGCCCUCCCUUUCAAACCCUGGGUGUGUCAGAAGAGCUUCGCCCACUACGAUGUUCAAAGCAUGCUGUUCGACCUCAACGAAGUCACUCAGUUGCGGCAGAUUGCAGGCAAGAGGAAAAACACCACCACGGGGGCAUCUGCCGCUGCUGUAGCCUCGGCUACCUCCACCCUCUCGUCCACACACAGCCUGCCUUACAGCUCCCCGAGCGGCAGACAGGAGGAACUCAGUUCUAGGGACAGUCCUGGUCCAGACGCGGGGGAAGAACAGAGUAAUGAAAUGCUGCUAAGUUGCCCCUGCUUCCGCAAUGAGAUAGGUGGUGAUAGCAUUGGGAGGCGCAGAUUAGGAGCAGGGUAUCAUGGAGCAGGUAGUGGUGGCUCAGGGACCCUGAGUGGGGACGGAAACUUGUACGAAACAUCUGUGAGCACGAACUGCACUAAUGCCGGGGUAGCCGUGCUAGAGGGACCAAAGGAAGGCCCCAGCACGCUCAGCGAAAAGGGCAAACAGUACAUUGUGGAGCAUGUGGACCUGGGAGCCUACUACUACAGGAAGUUCUUCUACCUUAGGGAGCACUGGAACUAUUUUGGGAUGGACGAGGUGCUGGGUCCAGUGGCGGUGAGCUUGCGCAGGGAGAAGCUGGAGGAGGACAAGGAGCACGGGCAGCAGUAUAACUACCGUCUCAUCUUCAGAACCAGCGAGCUGACCACGCUGCGAGGCUCUGUCCUGGAGGACGCAGUGCCUUCCACCUCUAAGCACGGCACCACCCGGGGGGUGCCCAUCAAGGAGGUGCUGGAGUUCGUUCUCCCUGAGCUGGAUCUGUCCUGCCUCAGACUGGCCCUCAACACACCCAAAGUCACUGAGCAGCUGAUGAAACUGGAUGAACAAGGGCUGAGUUUUCAGGUGAAGGUGGGGGUGAUGUAUUGCCGAGCAGGCCAGAGCACAGAGGAGGAGAUGUACAAUAACGAGACGGCAGGUCCCGCCCUGGAAGAGUUCCUCCAACUGUUGGGGGAGAAGGUUCGCCUCAAGGGCUUCACCAAGUACAGAGCCCAGCUGGACACGAAAACGGAUUCCACGGGUACUCACUCCCUGUACACGACUUACAAGGACUACGAGAUCAUGUUCCAUGUGUCGACUCUGCUGCCUUACACACCCAACAACAAACAGCAGUUGCUUAGGAAGCGCCACAUAGGGAACGACAUAGUGACCAUCGUGUUCCAGGAGCCCGGCGCUCACCCCUUCACCCCCAAGGCCAUCCGCUCUCACUUUCAGCAUGUCUUCAUCAUCGUACGGGUGCACGAUCCCUGCUCUGACAACACGUGCUACAGUGUGGCUGUCACCCGUUCCCAGGACGUCCCCUCCUUUGGCCCACCAAUCCCCAAGGGCGUGACCUUUCCCAAGUCCACUGUCUUCAGGGACUUCCUGUUGAGCAAAGUCAUCAACGCCGAGAACGCAGCCCACAAGUCCGAUAAGUUUGGUGCCAUGGCAACACGCACACGGCAGGAGUAUUUGCGGGACUUGGCAGAGCGUCAUGUGACCAGUACUCCAGUAGAACCCACUGGGAAGUUCCCCUUCAUCUCUCUGGCGCACAAACGACGAGAGAAGGUGCGUCCGUACAGCGGGGCGGAGCUUCGGAGCCUGGGGGCUGUGACGUGGCAGGUUCACGCUGAAGAUCAGGUAGCUGGCGCUGAACGUGAAUGCCUGUUGGCCAUUUCAAAUGACUUCAUCAUCCUGUUGGAUCAGGAGGCCAAAGCGGUCGUGUUUAACUGCGCCACGCGUGACGUGAUUGGUUGGUCGACGGGGAGCCCCGCCUCCAUGAAGAUCUACUACGAGCGUGGUGAGAGUGUGUCACUGCGCUCCAUCAAUAACAACACAGAAGACUUUGGAGAGGUUGUCAAGAGACUGGAGCUGUUGACCAAGGGCAGUCAGACCACAGAGAUGACCCUGCGCCGUAACGCCCUGGGCCAGCUGGGCUUUCAUGUCAACUUUGAGGGCAUCGUUGCAGAGGUGGAGCCAUAUGGCUAUGCUUGGCAGGCUGGGCUCAGGCAGGGCAGCCGAUUGGUGGAGAUUUGCAAGGUGUCGGUGGCCUCGCUGUCCCAUGAGCAGAUGAUCGACCUGCUCAGAACCUCUGUUACUGUCAAGGUGGUUAUCAUCCCCCCACAUGAGGACUCCACACCACGCAGAGGCUGCUCGGAAAUCUACCACAUGCCACUGGUGGAUUACAAGAACCACAAAGAGGGCAUGCCCUACGAGUUAAAGUUCCCGUUCCGCCCCACCAAUAACAACAACACCAAGUGGCCACGCACCUCCUCCAGCCCUCAAACACGCGCUGCUGGCACAGCCGGGACGCUGAUCAAGGCCCAGCCUUCAGACUUCAGUGACCGUAACUCUGCUGCUAUUCCCCGAAGUGUUUCCAGCGACGGGCGACCCAUCAACCCCAAAAGGUAUUCACCAGGGAACGACAACUACGCUCUUGCCUGCUCCAUUGUGAUGGGCCGCACAAUGCACAACACAAACUCCCCCUCCAGCCUGCCCUACACAGACACCAUGAGCUCCAACCAGUGGAGGCAAAAGUCUAUGCCUGAUGGGUUUAAUAACAACAACUGCCAGUCCCCGGUGCAGUCUGUGCGGCAGGUGGCAGGUGACGGGGUCAAUGGGAUUAAAGCGUGCUCCAGUUCGGGUGUUGGAUGGUCCCGACCCGGGGAAGGUGACAAAACUAGUGCAGAGACGGUUUCCAAGGCGGUGAUUCCUCGACUCCAGCCGUCAGAGCAGGGCAGCAGCAUGUCUCCUAACAAAGGCACUAAGGGGGACGCUCCAUAUUCAUCCAGCCAGUCGAGUAGCAACACGCUCUCCAGCAACGCCUCCAGCUCCGCCCACAGCGACGAGAAGUGGUACGAGGUCGGCUCACGUUCAGGAGUGCGGAGCGAUCUGGAGCUCAACGGCUAUCUUCAGGGUGCUUCCACUGACAGUGGCAUAGAUGCCACCUCCUUCACCGCCACACAAAGCAGCACAGCUUCCUCCACCGGUGCCUUCAGGGCCAAAGACAAAAUCCCAUGGCAGGAUGACUCGGCGGGCAGCCAGAGAGCCUCGGACUCCUCACCGCCGACACCAGACUCUCUCGUCGCCAUUGGAGGCAGCGAGAUCCCAGCCAAGAGUCCAACAGCCUUUCCACUAGUACCUGAUAGCGGCUCGUACAGCCUGAGUGACGCCGCCUCCCACUCCAGCACACUCAGUUCUGGCCACUCAGGGAGUCCGAUGGGCCAGGGGCAAGACGAGGCAUCUGCUGCGGCCACCUCACCCACAUCACCGGGGACCAAGAGCUUCUACCCGCGUCAAGGAGCGACUUCAAAGUACCUGAUUGGCUGGAGGAAACCCGGGGGGACCGUCAACUCUGUGGACUUUGGCAGUACUCGCAAAAGGCAUCAGAGUGACGGUCUGCUGGGAGGUCAGCCGCAGCUCAGGGCCAAUCUCCGGGGCUCCCAGUCGCCCCAGCGGCACACUGCCAAGUCCAGCCUGGAAGAAGACUUGAAGAAGCUCAUCACACUCGACAGCCCUCCACCCACUACAAGUGAAGAGAAGCCAUUAUUCCCGGGUCCGCUGCCCACUCGUCGAUCCCUCCAGAGAACCCUGUCGGAUGAGAGUAUUUACAGUGGGCAGAGGGAGCCGUCCUCCGGUGGACAGCGCGACACGCCUACUGACCUGCUGUUCAGCUGCUCUACAAUGCCACGCUCACCCACCAGUCGUCACGGACCAAGCCGACGAGCAUCACACAAAUCCCUGGGAGACCUGUCAGCCCCAGAGAGCUCUGAGCUGGAGCAGGAGAGGAAAAGGCAGCAGCUGCAGGACGCUGUCCUCAUGCCCCUGCCUGACACUGGGGCAGAUGGCCCACUGGACUGGGCCCACCUGGUAGACGCUGCCAAGGCCUUUGAGGAGCAGAGGCUGGUCUUCCUAGCGGCCCAAGAGGAGAGCUCCAUGGCUGAGAGCGCAGCAGCCACCAGCCCCCAGCAGGCUGAGCCUCAGGCAGCCCCGCUGAGACAGCCCUCGCCUGGAGAGACUCCAGCCUGCCUGAUGGGGAAGGUCAGCCAGCUGGAGUCAAUGGUGAAGGCGCUACAAGAGGACUUGAAGAAGGAGAAGGAUGCCAAGGCGUCACUGCAGGCCCAGAUCCAGAGCCUGCGAGAGGACAACCAGCGUCUCCUGGAGGAGUCCUACAGCGCCUCAGCCAAGCUCAAGAAGUUCACAGAGUGGGUCUUCAACACCAUCGACAUGAACUGAAGCACAGAGCUGUAGACCGCUCUACAUUAGGAGUAUGACCACUACUCAAGCUGAUCUGAAACUUGGCUGUUCAGCGCUGCACGCACACAACAGAAUAACUUACACAAACUCACAACGUGGACUGUUUCUCUCGGGCUUUUACAAACCAGUGCCAACAUGGAAUUACAUGUCAUCCGUCUUCAGCCUUGUGGAUCUGUGGUAUAAUCACCAGGAGAGACUUUUUUGGGGAAUGAACAGGGGAACGGGAGAAAAAUAGAGCAGUGGUGCUACCGUGUGUCCGUUUUGAUCCGAUCAGCAUGCACUCCCUUCCUUAGAAUCUCACAAGUGUGAUGCUUCGUGUCCGACCUGAUGGAUUGUGGGUAUCCCUGCAUGUCAGAGACAGCGAGAUAUGGAAAACUAACCUAAAGGGAUUUAAAGUCAUCGUCCUCAUUUAGCUCCCCAGCUAACCUACUUACAAGCGAACAGAUUUCCAAUUAAAAAGCUCCGGCGCUAUUUAAAAUCUGUUCCUCCCAUGCAAAAAAAUAAAGUGACAGUGUGUUGUAAAUGAAUUGCUGUUCCAUUUUCCCCAGUUCAGUGAUAACACUGAUUAUUUUUAUUACUAACCAAGAAAAAAGAAGCUAUAUGAGACUGUUGGGAGAUCCCCCAUAGGAUACUUGUUUGGUAGCAGUGUGUGUAGGUAGAUACAGACAAACACACGGACAGACCUCCAUGUAGCACAUAAACACUGUAAGGUCAAGUCUGUAUUGCCUAUGUAAUAACACAUGUAUCAAAUAACUUUAGAGGGUUAAAAGCAAGUGCGACUUGUAUAGAGGACUACUGGUCACAAGCUGAUAUAAAAAGAGUAUAUACUAUAAAAUCACAGAACAAUAUGGGUGCCGUAAAGAUAUAGAUUGACGGUUCAGUGUCGCUUAUUCAGAUUAUUGUAAAUAUACGAUGUUAACAUUUAUUUUCUCACCUCUGCCCUUGGUAUAUGUAAAGAGUAUUUAUGACAAAGAUAAUGGCCAAGAAAAUAAAUAUGCAGUUAGAGAUCUGCAUGUACUUCUAUAUGAGAGAAAAAUAUAUAAAUAUGCUUUAAAUCUUGACAGAGUUUUCAACGGGAGAACUUUUAUCCAAAAAGCUAAGUCUUUAAAAUUUAUUUCCAGCCUAGCCUGCUGCAGUGGAUUGAUCGACAGCACCACCCAGUGUUGACAACAUGUAAAACGCUACAUGGAACCGACCCCCUCCUUCUUCCAUUGCAUGCCAAAAGGCCUCAAUCUGAUCCUUAAAUCUCUCCAUAGACUCAAUCGGUACUAUUAAAUAUAUGAGUGAGAUGUGAAAACCCUGAAACUCCAGCUACAGACUUCCUGUAGUGUGUAAAUCUGCCUGUAAGCUCGACCUGAAUUCGUUCUGUAGCUGACCACACGGAGUCCUUAUUUAAGCCUCACACCUGUUUCCUUUUGUACUCAGAUACUGUGCAACUGUAUAUACGGAGAAUUUGAUAUUAAUCAGAAUUUGCACCUUCAUUCUUAUUUUUUAAGAUUAUGUUUUUUUGAUGUAUUUCUGCUUUAUUGGCUUGGUUAUAGUGGAGAGUGAAAGGAGUAAUGUGAAAGAUAAAGAGGGGAGACAUUAGACAGGACAAAGACCACAAGAGUGACUCAGACGAUUGAGUCCCAAACGACCCCCCGCCCCACCCCCAGCACAGCAGAUCGCCCCUGCACCUUCAUUCUUAACAUGUGUGACAGCAUGUGAUUCUGUUUCCAUUGAGCUGUGAUGUGUAAAAAAAAAAGUUUAUAUCUAUUAAAGAUAUUUUGUUGAAUUACA